GCAGGGGAGGAUGGCAUCGCUGGCGAGCCUCAAGAAGUCACUUUGUUCCAGCGCCGGGUAGCCAGGCAGGGCCGCCUCCGCCUCGUCCUCAUCGCCGCUCCGGGGCUCCGGGCCCCACCAGCCUCGCCGCGCCAUGAUCGCCUCCCACUUGCUGGCAUACUUCUUCACCGAGCUCAACCACAGCCAAGUGCAGCGGAUUGACAAAUACCUCUACCACAUGCGGCUUUCAGAUGAAACCCUGCAGGAGAUCUCAAAUCGGUUCCAGAAAGACAUGGAGAAGGGCCUUGGGGUGGAUACCAACCCUACAGCCUCCGUGAAAAUGCUGCCAACGUUUGUGAGGUCCACCCCAGAUGGAACAGAGGAAGGUAACUUCUUGGCCUUGGACCUUGGUGGCACAAACUUCCGGGUCCUGAGAGUCAAGGUGGCUGAUAAUGGCAGCAAGAAAGUAGAGAUGGAGAACCAGAUCUAUGCUAUUCCUGAGGAUCUUAUGCGGGGCAGUGGAGUGCAGCUCUUUGACCACAUUGCUGAAUGUUUAGCUAACUUCAUGGACCAACUGGAAAUCAAGGACCAGAAACUCCCUCUGGGCUUCACUUUCUCCUUCCCUUGCUCCCAGACCAAACUGGAUGAGGGCUGGUCCCAGGGAAGGUUUGAAAUUCAGUAUUCAAAAGUUGAAACAAAUUACAGUCCCGGGAGUUGUAAGAGCGUCCUCGUGACGUGGACCAAGGGAUUCAAAUCCAGUGGUGUGGAAGGCCGGGACGUUGUGGGCCUCUUACGGGAAGCCAUAAGAAGACGAGGGGACUUUGAGAUUGAUGUUGUGGCUGUGGUGAAUGACACCGUUGGGACAAUGAUGACCUGCGGCUACGAUGAUCACAACUGUGAAAUCGGGCUGAUUGUUGGCACAGGUAGCAAUGCUUGCUACAUGGAGGAGAUGCACCACAUUGACCUCGUGGAGGGUGACGAGGGGCGCAUGUGCAUCAACAUGGAGUGGGGAGCUUUUGGCGACGAUGGGGCCCUGAAUGACAUCAGGACUGAGUUUGACCGGGAAAUCGACAUGGGCUCCCUGAACCCGGGAAAGCAACUGUUCGAGAAGAUGAUCAGCGGGAUGUACAUGGGUGAACUGGUCAGGCUCAUCCUGGUGAAGAUGGCCAAGGAAGACCUCCUCUUUGAUGGGAGACUCACCUCGGACUUAUUGACGACGGGACACUUUGAGACCAGAUAUGUCUCUGCAAUUGAAAAGGAAAAGGAAGGCCUCCUGAAAGCCCAGGAGAUCCUCACGAAGCUGGGCCUGGAACCCUCCCAUGAAGACUGUGUCGCCACCCAGCGCAUCUGCGAGAUUGUCUCCACGCGCUCGGCCAACCUCUGUGGCGCCGCCCUGGUGGCUGUGCUCCGGCGCAUCAAGGAGAACAAGCGUGUCGACCGCCUGCGCUCCACUGUUGGAGUGGACGGGACAGUGUACAAGAAGCAUCCUCACUUUGCCCGCCGCCUUCAGAAGAUGGUGCGCCGCUUCCUGCCCGAUUGUGACAUCCGAUUCAUCCGCUCAGAGGACGGGAGCGGGAAAGGUGCGGCCAUGGUCACUGCGGUGGCUUACCGGCUGGCAGCCCAACACAAAGCCCGCCAGAAGAUCUUGGAUCCUCUGAGACUCAGCCGGGAGCAGCUCCUGGAGAUAAAGAAGAGGAUGAAGGAGGAGAUGGAGCGGGGCCUGGGCCAAGAGACGCACGACGAGGCCACCGUGAAGAUGCUGCCCUCUUACGUCUGCUCCACCCCAGACGGAACAGAAAAGGGGGAGUUCCUGGCCUUGGAUCUCGGGGGCACAAACUUCCGGGUGCUGCUCGUGCGCGUGCGAAAUGGGAUGCGGCGAAGUGUGGAGAUGCACAACAAGAUCUAUUCGAUCCCUCAGGACAUCAUGCAGGGGACAGGAGAUGAGCUCUUUGAUCACAUUGUCCACUGCAUUGCUGACUUCUUGGAGUACAUGGGGAUGAAAGGCGUGUCACUGCCUCUCGGAUUCACCUUCUCUUUCCCUUGUCACCAGAACAGCCUGGAUGAGGCGAUUCUCCUGAAAUGGACCAAAGGCUUCAAAGCUUCUGGUUGUGAAGGGGGAGAUGUGGUUAGCCUGCUGAAGGAUGCCAUUCACCGGAGAGAGGAGUUUGACCUGGAUGUGGUGGCCGUGGUGAAUGACACAGUGGGCACCAUGAUGGCCUGUGCGUACGAAGACCCCUUUUGUGAAGUUGGCCUCAUUGUCGGCACAGGCAGCAAUGCCUGCUACAUGGAGGAGAUGAAGAACGUGGAGCUAGUGGAAGGGGACGAGGGCCGGAUGUGCAUUAACAUGGAGUGGGGGGCCUUUGGCGACAGUGGCUGCUUGGAUGACUUCCGGACGGAGUUUGAUGCCGCCGUGGAUGAAAACUCUCUCAAUCCUGGGAAGCAAAGGUUCGAGAAAAUGAUCAGCGGGAUGUACUUGGGUGAAAUCGUCCGAAACAUCCUGAUCGAUUUCACCAAGCGAGGCCUGUUGUUCCGUGGGCGGAUCUCCGAACGGCUGAAGACGAGGGGAAUCUUUGAGACCAAGUUCUUGUCUCAGAUUGAGAGCGACCGCCUCGCCCUCCUCCAGGUCCGCUCCAUCCUCCAGCAUCUUGGGCUAGAGAGCACCUGUGAUGACAGCAUCAUCGUGAAAGAAGUGUGCACAGUGAUUGCCCGGCGUGCCGCCCAGCUGUGCGGGGCAGGGAUGGCUGCGGUGGUGGACAAGAUCCGAGAGAACCGUGGGCUAGACUCCCUGAAAGUCACUGUCGGCGUGGAUGGGACCCUAUACAAGCUCCAUCCUCACUUCUCUAACGUCAUGCGUGAAACCGUGAAGCAGCUCUCUCCUAAGUGCGAGGUGACCUUCCUCCAGUCGGAAGAUGGCAGCGGCAAGGGCGCGGCACUCAUCACUGCUGUGGCGUGCAGGAUCCGGGAGGCGGGCCAGCACUAGGCCCCCAGGUCAGGAGAGCUGGGCACAGCGGAUCCCCAGCUGCGCCUGCCCCUCACUCCACUCGAGCCCUUGAUCACAGCUGGCCGGACCCUCGCUUUACUUCUUCUCCAAAGAUGCCACUUCUGUGACCCAAGGCCCUACAUUCCCCGUGCAAAAAAGUGACCCCUUUGCUCCUCUGCAUGCCAUACGAGCACAUAUCGAGUCAAGCACCCAGUGGUGUCUCCGUGUCUCCCUCCCACCACUGCUGGUUCAAACCCAAAGUCUCUCUCUCUCUCUCUCUCUCUCUCUCUCUCUCUCUCUCUCUCUCUCUCUCUCUUUCUCUCUUUCUCUCGUGUACACAGUGUUGGUGUUAGAUCUCACCUGUUAACCUCCCCACAACCUGCGUCUUCCGUAAAAAAAAGUGGGCAACCGGGACACCCGCGUUGCCGCUUUGCAACCUGUGGUCUGUGUCUGUCUCUGUUUCCAAACUGCAGGAUCAGUCCUAGCAGAAGAAUACAAAAGGAGGGUACACCUUGCUUGAAUAUUGGGCUUGAAGGAUCAAGGUGUUGCUGUUUCCAUGAAAGCCAUGGCAUCUCAUUGUUAUUAGUAGUAUUGUUAUUUUAAAGAGCACAGGGUAUACCCAUUUCAAGAGUAGAAUGUCUGUGGAAGGGUCCUGAGUUCAGGGAAUGUGGGGAGCAUCCUGUUGUCAAAAUGCCUGUUUGCAUUGCAUUUAAAGGUGCAUUUGAAGGCGCAAGCAUGUGCCUGGGAGUGUCUUCCAGCCUGCUCUUCCUCCACUAGCACUGCAGCUUGGUUGAGAGCGUGUGUGGAGGGGCUUGCCUGCACACCUGGGGGUUUGGUGACUGGGAUUGCACCGUCCCUGCUUUCUGCUGCUACACCUGUAAAUAGAGCAGUUGCCAAACAGAAGCUUGUUUACCCCCCUCCCUCAAAAGUUUUGCAUUGCACUAUCUUUUUACCUGGGUUUGGGGAAUAACUUAUUAUAUUUUGUCUGUGAAAAUAGCACCUUCACCUUACCUCACAACUGGCUCAACACUUUGGAACAAAUGUCUUGUGAGCUGUACCUCUCUUUCUGUAUAUAGUUGGGGGUGGGGGGGAAGCAGGGGUUCUUGUGUGGAUAAUAGUGUUGGCAGGAGUGCAGGGCUGAAGACCGUUUUGGGGGUUCUGACAAGCAAAAAUGUUUCCGAGGGUGGGGUUGGUGGGAGGAGGGGUGGGGAGGAGCAGCAGGUGAAGUUAGGGAGGAGGAAAAAAAAUAGAAGGAGAAUACUUGAAACAGUUCAGGGAUGAUCAGAGGAAUAUGAAAAUGUGAAGCCUAUCCGUUAGCAGAAGGCAAAAACUGGCCAUGUUCUCAUCACAACUACUGGAACUUCAAUUUCUCUCUCUCUCUCUUUGGGCUCAGUCCUACAAACCCUUUUUCUGCAGCCUUUCAGAGGCGCACGGGUUUUUUGCAAUGAAUCGAGGUUGUGCAGCUGUGGUGCAAAUUUGGGCUGUCUCUUUCACCUGCUACUCGGUUAGCGUUGGUGGAGCAGGAUAAGGCCUUAACCUGUUUGGGAAGGGCAGCGGUCUGCAUCCUUGCAAAGUGAAGCACAUUCUUUUUUCCUUUGGGUGGAAAUUCCUCCACCCAUUCACAAGUCUGUUUCACUCUUGGCCAUCCUAGUUUCCCAUUAAAAUGGACUUGAGUUGGAAUGUCUUCUUUCUGCAGGAUCAAGAUAUGGACCUCCAAUCCUAUAAAAAUUCAGGGAUAAGCUUUAUCUCUUAAGUAUGCCAUAAAUCCACUCGUGGCCAAGUUUAGCCCUGAGGCCACGAGAGAUACAGUGGGAAAUGAAUGGCUGAAUGUAGAAUGUGCUCCAAACUUCUCUUUUUUGGGUUCUCAUUUUAACUGGCAAAGGCCAUCACUGAGCCCUUCUUAUUAGCUUCCAGUUGCUCACCAGUUUGGUUGUUACUGAAAGGAGGGAAUAGAUGGUUUGCUAGUGGGAAAUUGCUACUCUGGGAGAAACCGCCAAGCAGUGUGUUUGUACUACAAUAAAGAAAAGCAUAUUUUUGGUAUCUAUUUAAUGCAAGACAAGGCCUGCCUGUGAUGUACACAAGAAAUCCUUGGUGAGGCUGUGAGUUUGAAGAUAGAUUUCCCCCUCUAUUUUUUUAUCUUUAUAUCUGUAUCUAUAUAUUUAUAUGGUUUGGAAUAACUGUAGUACCAAAAGAGCAUCUCCACUAGUGAGAUCCUGAGACAGAUGAAAAGCACAUUUCUUUCUCCUCUUUUUUUUAAAUGUUAAAUGUUUGCAUAUUUUAUAAAAGUUUCAAAGUUGCAAUGAAGAUGAAAAUUCUGAAAAUAACCUCUGGGUAGAAAUGGCAGGCUGGGAAUCUGAGGAAUGUCCUAACAUCAAGAUAAAGCAAGAGUAUUUUUGUAAUAAAAGAAAAGAAAUGACCAAUGCAAUACCAAACAGCUUUACGUAACAGUUUCACUGGAAAUAAUUGUCCCAUCCUGCUGAAAAAAUUGAAACACAAGUCUUUGAUCUAUUGUAUAACGGAGAAAUUGAUCAUAAUGUAUAUUUUUUUAACUUGAAUAUUACGUGGUUGCUGGAUUGUACCUCCUCUGGGGAAAAAAUGUAUUUCACUAGUAGUGAACUUUCUUUGGUGAACAGCAAAUUUUUAUUUGAUGGUGAUUGUUUUAUGAAAAGGGAAAACAGUAGCAAUAAAAUUAUGUUUUGUGUGACAA